AUGGCUUCAACGCUUGCGACGUCCUUUUCACAAACCUCCUCUGCCACUGCGGUUAUCGUUCCGUCGAAGCCUACAGCCCUGACUGUUUCCUACAACCAGUUAUCACGAGACAUUCUCAGUUUUCAGAGGAAACUUGCAGAUUUGGGAAUAGGGCAUGCCGACGCAGUCUCGAUAGCACUGCCCAACAGCUAUGAGUUCAUCGUGUCUUUCCUUGCUGCUUCAUAUCAAAGAGGAAUCGCGGCGCCUUUAAACCCUGCGUAUAAGCAAGCCGAGUUCGAGUUCUACAUUGAAGACUUGUCUUCUGCUGUCGUGAUUGUACCGAAAGACUCAUAUGCAAAAGAUGGCCCUGCAAUCAAGGCGGCGCGGAAGUUUCAAGCCGCUAUUGCAGAAUGCUGGCUGGACGGGACUACACCGAUUCUGGACGUGAAAGAGCGCGGUAAAUUAGCAAAGAGACAGACUCAGAAGGUGUCCCAGGCUGAGCCUGAAGAUGUUGCUCUGGUAUUGCACACGAGUGGAACUACUGGGAGACCUAAAGCAGUUCCUCUGACUCACCGAAAUCUUACCAGAACCAUGCUCAACAUACAAGGCACGUAUGAACUUACAUCCAAUGACCGGACAAUGCUGGUCAUGCCUCUUUUCCAUGUCCACGGCCUUUUAGCUGGGUUUCUCGCUCCGCUGAGAUCAGGAGGCUCAGUGGUUGUCCCUCGGUCAUUUUCUGCUCGGUCAUUUUGGGACGACUUUAUUACACAUAAAGCCAACUGGUACACAGCUGUGCCUACCAUCCACCAGAUCUUGCUGAAGAACCCACCCCCAAGUACCAAGCCUAAGAUCCGCUUUAUCAGGUCAUGUUCCUCUCCGUUGUCGCCAAAGACAUUCCAUGAGCUUGAAGCAACUUACGGUGCUCCGGUGCUAGAAGCAUAUGCAAUGACAGAGGCAGCUCAUCAGAUGACAUCGAAUCCAUUGCCCCACAAAGGCAAGCGUAAGCCCGGGACUGUCGGUGUUGGGCAGGGUGUCGAGGUCAAGAUAUUAGAUGAGCAGGGUGACGAGGUACCACAAGGAGUGGCUGCAGAAAUCUGCAUUCGGGGAGAAAAUGUCACGAAAGGCUACAUCAACAAUGAGAAGGCCAAUAAAGAAGCGUUCACCAAAGGUGGUUUCUUCCGGACAGGAGACCAGGGCAAGAAAGAUGAAGAUGGCUACGUCAUCAUCACUGGCAGAAUCAAGGAGCUCAUCAACCGCGGAGGCGAAAAGAUCAGUCCCAUUGAGUUGGACCAUCUCAUCGCCACAAAUCCCGAUGUUGGAGAAGCCGUCAGCUUUGCGAUCCCAUCGGAGCUCUAUGGACAAGAAGUUGGAGUUGCUGUCGUUCCCAAGCCAGGAAGAAAUGUUACAGAGGAAGGCAUUGUCGAGUUUGUCGCCAGCCGAACGGCGAAAUUCAAGACGCCGAGCCGUGUUUGGAUUUUGAAAGAAAUACCCAAGACUGCUACUGGGAAGAUACAGCGACGAAAGGUCGCAGACUCCCUGUUGGCCAAAGAUAAACCAAGAACGAAGCUGUAG